CCUGGACCUCUCCAAACAUAUUACCAUUUUGUUGAAGCGGAGAACUUGCCGUCUGCUAAAGCUCCCACUGUUAAUUUUGAGCUUAGAUAAAAAUGGAAGCUACAUCACAAGUAUGUAUGGCUGCGGCAGAAUUAGAAGUUAGUAAUACUCCCUUGAGACUUCGGCAUCAGUUUGAUCCAGUUGCUCACGGGUUAGAUCCUGAUUUUCGAAUUACGAAGUUUACUUCUGAAUUGCGUGGAUGAGGAUGUAAAGUCCCUCAAGAGGUUCUUCUGAAACUGCUUGAGGGACUAGAUCAAGAUUCAAAUACUCAGGAUGCUGGAGAACAUUUUAUGCAUAUGUCUGUUCCUCGAAUGGGAAUUGGCAUGGAUUGUAGUGUAAUUCCUUUAAGACACGGAGGAUUGUCUUUGGUUCAAACUACAGACUUCUUUUAUCCCUUAUGCGAUGAUCCAUAUAUAAUGGGAAGGAUAACAUGUGCAAAUGUUCUUAGUGAUUUAUAUGCCAUGGGUGUGACUGAAUGUGAUAACAUGCUCAUGCUGCUAUGUGUUAGUAAUAAAAUGAGUGAAAAUGAGAGGGAUGUAGUCAUACCAAUUAUCAUACAGGGUUUUAAGGAUUGUGCAUAUGAAGCAGGAACUCAUGUAACUGGUGGUCAGACUAUUCUGAAUCCAUGGCUGACUAUAGGUGGUGUUGCCACUGCAAUUUGCCAGUCCAAUGAAUUUAUAAUGUAUGAUA